AUUAUAAAUGUUCGUUUAUUAUGAAAGUAAGUGCACUCAUGCAAAAUAUAAAUCUGUAUAUUUACAUGAAAACAACUGUAUCAUUACAAAAUUAAUGAUUUAUGCUGUCCCAGUACCUCCAAUAGUUAAAGUUAUUUGCAAACCGUUCCCUAAAUACGAAAAUAACCAUAGUCAUGUGUUGAACACAGUUACAAUAUCUUUCUUGCAGUAUUACAAACUGUUUCUUGGAAACUUUUGUCGCUUCUGUGCACGAAUUUAAUGCAUUUUCCGCAUAAGCAACAGUAAAUGGAAUGCGACCAGUGGCGGAUCCAAGGGGGGACACCAGGGGUAAGUGCCCCCCCCCCCCACCCCCCGAAAAACCAGUUGUCUGCUAUAUUAAUAUUGCCGACAAAAAGGUUUGUUUCUGCAACCAAUAAAAUAUUUUAAUAUAAUUAAUGAAUUUCUUGUAGAAUCAUAAAAUCUGGUGGUUGGAUGAUAUGUGUAGUGUGAAUAGAUUAAAUACAAAUUUAGUAAUUUUAAGACAUUUUUUCUCUGGCUAUUCUGAAAUCCUAGAGUGCCCCCUCCGAGGUGAACCUCUGGAUCCGCCAAUGAAUGCGACGGUAGGGACUACUGAACUGGAGCGCGAGCGCUGUACUUGUGUCCCGUGUGUCUCUGGUGUUUGCGACCUGGAGUGCCGCUCGAGUCCCGCCAGAAGCGUGCCCCACACGCUGGGAAAUCUGCGCGGUCAACAAGAACGCACGGCGAUUAGCGCGAGUGGGCGAUGGCGAGAUAAGAUAGACAAACCCCGCUAACCGCGACGGUGAUUGGCGAGCGCAGAUAAUCAGUCCGUUGAUCGGCGGAUCGCAGCUCAUCGCGCCUGCCUCGGGAGGUGAGAACCGACUCCUUCGCCGCGGUCAGAGGACUUAUCUGGCGUCAGCGGCCAGUUCUGGCGGGACUGGCGUGUGGGCCCGACCCCACACCUCGUCAUGCCUCGGUCCCAAUCACCUACUGCACCACACAAACUGCACUCCAGGCUAAACAUAUCUUUAAUGGAAUUUUCUUCCUGAAUUACUGUCCGUUUAUGUUAUUUAACAUUAGGCAGGCCUGUGGAAAUAAUUUUAAACAAUCUGGGCACAUACGGUGUGCGCAGAGUUUCAGAAGAAUCCACGCUAUUUGGAAACUGCUCGAGAUAUUUGAGCGGUGACUGUUUACGAAAAGCAUUUAAGAUUACGCUUCGUUUUUAGACUGUAUUUUUAGAAAAGUUAAAAAUUACUAAAAAUGCGUGUUUUCAGAAUAUUUUUUAGACACGAAACACCCGGUACAGAUUCUAGAAAACACUCAAAGGACUUGCAUUGCACCAUUAUCUUCAUUCCUUCUCCAUAUAUCACUCAGUUUUCUUAGUUGUCCUAUGCACAACGAGAAGACUGCGCGCCAAUCCACAGCCUAGCGCUUAGAGGCGAUACCGCGCUAGAAGCACCAGCAAGCGUCGCACUUAUCAUUCAGCCCCACUAACACAAAUACACCCCUGACUAGGCGAAUCCCUUCAGCACAUACGUGUGUCUACCGCGAUUUGAAACUUUACUUUUAUGAUUUUUUAAACAUUCAGACAAAUACUUAUACAGACAGCUCUUUAAUCAGGAACGUUUGAAAAUAGGGCGUUGUCAGAAUAUAAUAUAAAAAAAAUCGAAACCCCACAAAAAUUUCGAACGCGAGAGGUUCAAACGAUGCCGGAUUACCGAAUUUACAAAUGUGAAGAAGGCUCGUACCCAAUUGCAAAGUUAAAUAACCACCAAUAUUCUUCCUUUGGUAACCACCAUGCAUUAACGUGAAAUGUGGUUACGGUCUACGAUGUCACAGCAACGGUAGCCCAUGUGCCUGAAGAAAACUGACCGUCCGGAAGCGAAAAUAGAAAUCUCCGGAGCGACUCAAGUAGGCGAUCUAAUCCGGACAGUGCGUCAGGCGGCUCACCAACUGUCCGGCGAGUCAGUAUCAGUGGGACGCUUUGGUGUUCCCUAUCGCACUCUGUGGUGUGCUCUGUGAUUAAACAUCAGUCACACAUUUUACUUCAAUGCAGCGCUGGGCUUGUCACAACGUGCAUUCUGAGAGUGCAGCUGGACACGUGUCUACUGCGCAUGCCAUUUUAUAAGGUUGAAUGGCAGUAUAUGAGAUACUUCUCGCUGAAAACCUAGCUGACAUUCUGUUUGUAUGCUGCCAACUCUGUAGAAUAGCAUGAGAACACAAGCCCAGAUAACAGGUUUUGGUUUCGUUUUAAAAUAUAUCCAUUGUCACAAAAAUAUUUACAAUUCACUGAUACAAUUUUAUUCUUAUAUUGUUCCAAAAAUUAUUUUAAUUAUUGUCCCUACCAUUGUAAUGCUUUUUUUGUCUUUGUUGAAGGUAGAAUUAACUUGUAAUAUUUAAGUAGGAGAUUAAUUAUUACGUGAAUGUGGCUUAGGGGAAAACUUAUUAAAAUAAUUUUUUUUAAUUACUGAAAUUGAGAUAAGUACUGACGCUGAAAGCUGGAUUCCAGUAGUUUCAUAAGACCGAGUCUCCUCUUAUUUAAAGUUACGUUGGAUUGAUUUGGAGUCAUUUUUACAUUGUCAGUAUUAGGUCUGUACCUGGAGUUUGCAGUGAUUGGCAACAAAAUAACUGACAUUGUUAUUUCGUUAUUUCCCACAGUGUGUACUUCUAUGCAUCGUUCUGCCAGUACAAACGGGAGCUUUUAACGUUGAGUUUCAAGUAAACCAUGGCAAGUGAGGACUGUCACAAAAUUCAAAGGGGGGCCGUAAGGAAUUUGGCCAAAAAGUUCGAAGACGCGGACAAAACAGCAGUAGUAGCGAUCUCAGAACCUGGAAUACAAUUUCGGCAACGUAAUCUGCCUGAAGACGAAAGUUCAAACUUGACAAAAUCUCGUCUCACGCAAAAGUCGCACUCAGACCCAGAGAUCGGACAGAUACAGCUGGGAAAUACGAGUUCUCAAUUUGACGGAACUCCAUUCAAUGUGCUGUCAACACCGCCAGCUGUAGUCUCCUGGAAGUUCUGCGAAUCUCCGAGCGAGGCAGCACCAACACCUAGACUCCGAAGCCCACCACCACGCAGCGCCACGUUCCUGUCAACUCCCGGCGCAGGCGGUCGCAAGUUCCUUCCGCCGCUGAGAACAGCAGCACGUUCGCCCAGAUACCGCACUGAACGUGAACUCGAUGUCACCAAUGCUUUCAACAAAUCUACCAAGUCUUAUGUUCUCGAAAAGUCUACAUGCGAAAAUUAUGGGGGCGGCUCGGUGCGCGAGAUGGCCCUCCGGUUCGACGUGUCUCCGGAGCCGUGGGAGUCGCCGCCCCUCCCUGACGUGGUGCGGGACGCUCAGCCGUCCCCACCUCCGCCGCCACCGCCGCCGCCUCCACCGCCGCCGGCGUCCUCCAGCGGGUACGCCAGCUCGCUGAUGUCGUCCACGACCAGCCUCUCGUCCGCGUCCUGCUCGUCCCCAGAGCCGAGGGCCGCCGACAGGAAGCUGAGGCCUCGCGCCGGGGACGUGUCUGACGGCAGCUGGUCCGGCAUCAUGCGAGAGAUGCAGACGCGCUUCUCCGAGCUGCGGCGCCGCAGGUCGCAGCUGGCGGGGCCGGAAGAGGGGGACAGGUCGGCGGCGCGCUGCCAGCCCGCCGUCACGAGGUCGGCCGCCGGCGUGCAGCGGCCGUCGCGCGACAGAGGCGUUCCUGGUGAAACAGAGAGAGUGGCACGCUUCUCUGUGAUGUCAGAGUUGAACGACAGACUGCAACUCAGGAGGGGUCGAGAGCAAGAGACGGGAGGGACGCUGCCUCGCGCCAGGAAGAGGACUGGAGGGCUCGUGGAGGCCGCUUCGCGCGGAGUCGCCGGCAGCUACGAGCAUCUCCCAGUCCCGGAGGAGUCCUCCUCCGCCAGUGGGCCGGCGGCGGGCUGCACCCGCCCCGGAGUCUCCCCUGGUCGUCGCGCCCCCGCCGCCGUCGGCCAGCUAGUGGCUCAGAGAGGUUCGGCAGCCAGGAGCCAGCAGGCUGGUACACCAGGAGCCUUCAGAGGCGUGGUAGCCACCGGCCAGCCAAGUGGUUAUCGUCUCUCCGUGGGCGCCGGGCAACCGGUGGCUUCCAGGCAGCCGACUGACUACCAUCUCUCUGUGGGCGCCGGGCAAUCGGUGGCUUCCAGACACCUGGGAGCCAGCAGCCAGCCGCCUGGCAGCGAUGACCAGCCGACUCCAGUGGCUCGCCAGGCCCCCUGCAGGCCUGCGCGCCGCCCCGUCUCCGUGGCCUGGAGCACGGCGCCUCUGUCCUGGCUAGCAGAGGAAGGUGUCCUGGCGAGGCGCUGGGACGGCCGCGCACGAGGGGAAUCCACGCCCCACAGGCCGGGCGGGCCCCAGUGAGCAGGGACUGCGGCGCACGGCGCGGU